CGGCUAGAACCAGCAGUGUCGCGUCAGCCACAGAGCGGUAAUUCGCUCGUGGGGACCGAUUUGAACGACAGCAAAUUAAAAAUCAUUCACAAUGGAUAAAAAAGAUUUGGAAUGUGGUGACCUAACAAUAGCGCGUCAGGCUGCAAACCUGCCGACGCUACCGAAACAACUUACCCUCGAGGAAAAGAAAUAUUUACUGGCCGUGGAAAGAGGGGACUUGGCAAAUGUUAGAAGGAUGCUUCAAAAAGCUCAUCGGAAGAAAACUAUGGACAUCAACUGCGUGGAUGCUCUCGGUAGAGGGGCCCUUACCAUGGCUAUUGAGGGCGAGAACCUUGAAAUGGUAGAACUGUUGAUUGUGAUGGGAGUUACUACCAAGGAUGCUUUGCUGCAAGCAAUAAACGCGGAAUUCGUGGAGGCGGUGGAACUUUUAUUGGAACAUGAGGAAUUAAUUCACAAGCAUCCAGAACCCUACAGUUGGCAGAAAGUGGAUCCAAAUACAGCCAUGUUUACACCCGAUAUAACACCGCUUAUGUUGGCAGCGCACAAGAAUAACUACGAAAUAAUCAAGCUGCUACUGGAUCGUGGCGCGACCUUACCAGAUCCUCAUGAUAUACGGUGUGGCUGUGACAUUUGUAUAAGGGACUCUUCGGAUGAUUCUCUCAGACACUCACUAGCAAGACUCAACACUUAUAGAGCUUUGGCGUCACCAUCAUUGAUAGCGUUAUCAGCAACUGAUCCUAUACUGACUGCCUUUCAGUUAUCUUGGGAGUUACGGAAUUUGGCUUUUGCCGAACAGGAAAGUAAAUCACAGUAUUUAGAACUUCGGCGCAAAGCGCAGAAGUUUGCAGUAGAUUUAUUGGAUCAAUCGAGGAGUUCUAAGGAGUUGGCAAUUAUUUUGAAUCAUGACCCUGAAGAAGCGCCUUUUGAGGAAGGGGAGCAUAUGAAGUUAGCCAGAUUGGAAUUGGCGAUAAACUUAAAGCAGAAAAAGUUUGUUGCCCAUCCAAAUAUACAGCAAUUAUUAGCUACCAUUUGGUAUGAUGGUGUACCAGGAUUUCGUAGAAAGACUGCCUUUGAAAAGAUCAUGAUAAUAAUGAGAGUGGCGUUAAUGUUCCCCUUUUAUUGCUGCAUGUAUAUGAUAGCACCGAACUGCUCUACCGGCAGAUUAGUGAGGAAACCCUUCAUGAAGUUUUUGAUACACGCCUCCAGCUAUUUAUUCUUUUUGUUGAUUCUAAUCUUGGUCUCUCAAAGAGUUGAUGUCCAACUGAUCCAAACCUUUGGUCCAGACUGGAUGGUGAAAGACCUGGAUCAAGAGUUGACGAAACAACGAGGGAAUGGACCCACAUACUUGGAGCUUGUCGUGUUGAUAUAUGUUGUUGGUUUCAUCUGGCAAGAAACUCAUGAGAUCUACAUCGAAGGUAUCCGCUCCUAUCUUCGCAACAUGUGGAACUUUAUCGAUUUCACUCGGAACACCCUAUACGUCGCUGUAGCCAUCCUCCGACUUGCUGCUUAUAUUCAACAAACGGCCGAAAUUAAAAAGGAUCCUCAAACAAGAUUUAUUCCGAGAGAACAAUGGGACGCCUUCGACCCUCAACUGAUAGCGGAAGGGCUGUUUGCUGCUGCUAACAUAUUUAGUGCCCUCAAGUUGGUGCACCUGUUCUCCAUAAACCCCCACCUUGGCCCGCUUCAGAUAUCCUUGGGUCGGAUGGUUAUAGACAUCGUCAAGUUCUUCUUCAUAUACAGUUUGGUGCUUUUCGCUUUCGCCUGUGGUCUGAAUCAAUUGCUUUGGUACUUUGCCGAUUUGGAAAAACGUAAGUGUUACGUCUUGCCGGGUGGCUUGCCGGAUUGGGAUCACGCUGGUGAUUCAUGCAUGAAGUGGCGCAGCUUCGGCAACGUCUUCGAGGCUUCUCAAUCUCUUUUCUGGGCUUCAUUUGGUAUGGUUGGCUUGGAAAACUUUGAACUGACUGGCAUUAAAAGUUACACCCGCUUUUGGGGCCUGCUGAUGUUUGGAUCAUACUCCGUGAUAAAUGUGAUCGUUCUGUUGAACCUUCUCAUUGCCAUGAUGUCCAACUCUUACGCCAUGAUCACUGAACAUUCAGAUGUCGAGUGGAAAUUUGCCAGAACACGUCUAUGGAUGAGCUACUUUGAAGAGGGAGCAACUUUGCCGCCCCCAUUCAACAUACUUCCCACUCCUAAACUAGUUAUGAAGUUGUUAGGACUUAGAAAGAAAGAAAAUGACGAAUCAUUCAAGGCUCAGAAAGAGAAAGACGAUGUGCAUUAUACGGCGGUGAUGCGCGCUUUGGUCUGGCGCUAUGUGUCUGCGAUGCAUAGACGUCUUGACGAGGAUCCAGUUACUGAAGACGAUAUAAAUGAGCUUAAAGGAGACGUCUCCGCGCUCAGAUAUGAACUGUUAGAGGUGUUCGAAAAGAAUGGCAUGGAUGUGUCAUUUACAGAUCGAAAGGAGAAGAUGGUACUCGCGAAACGGAUGAAGGUUUGGGAACGGAGACUUAUGAAGGACUUCCAAGUGACGCCAGUGUCGGUUGAAGAAGACGGUAAACCAGUGCAUGAAGACAGUCUGGCGAGAUUCCGAAGAGUAGCCCGCAUGGCUGCCGCUGCUGCAAGGGGCUCCAAAUGGGACCAAACCCUGGCUGCCACUGGGAUAUCAUCUCAAAUCGGUCGCUGCCGAACACGACAGUCUUUCAAAAAGCAGCAGAAUUUGCAGCGCGCCAUUGACGAGGCCAAAAAGCUGGUUUCCCGAUCACCUGUUCACGGAUCUCGUCCAUUGACACCGUUGGAAAUGCCGGAAACUCCUGGUCAUACUAUAUUGGAGCUCAUAAAGGACAUUUCCACGGAGAUAGAGGAACAAAACUACUCCAGUGCUCGUUUGCCACGGACCAAGUCUCCGAGGAGAAACGAUGCGGGAGCCAAUGGAGUUCCACCAGCGAGAUUCCUAAGCCCUAACGACGCCCGCAGUCGCGCUACGUCCCCCAUACCGCGAGGGCCAAGCCCUACCAGGUUGUCUACCGCUCAGCCUCGAAGCCUCAGUCCUGACCCGAGGCCUUCCAGUCCAACCGGAAGUGAGAGACCAGAACCGAGUCCAUUAAAAGCUCAACGUCUACCGGGUUCUUCGCCGCCAAAAGUUGUAAAAAAGAAGUCUCCAUUACCGCCCUCUGGAGAAUCCACAGAACACAGACAUCACAGCAGUGUAGAAGUUAUAGCGUUAGCGAGACCAGUUGCUCCUGAUAUCAAACCAGUCAAGGAUGGCCUUCCACCCCCUCCCGCCUACUCCAAAUCUAAGCCAUCUACAGAUAGUUCAUCCAAACAGCCGGUGCCGAUGCCAAGAUCACGUUCGUCCUCUCCAAAGCCCGCAGCAAAAACUAACACCAGCGCAAACACAUCUCAUCUUCUGUCCUCUUCUAGCACGGAGUUACUGAUACCUCCCUCCCCCCGCGUCUUACCCCCUGGACGCCGAAUAGAAGAUGUCAACACAAUUAAACGUCAGCCGACCACUGGCUGGAUAUAACAUUUGGCCAAUUAAAAAGUAAAUCAAACUGAUUUAAAUUUAGAAUGUCUUCUAGCGGUUCUCUUAUUUUUUCUACGGUACUGCUUGGCAAUUACUGCUGUUUAUGCAAUAAGAAUAGUAGUUAUGAUUCUAGUAAAGUAAUAUUAAGAUUUGUAUUCGUUUGUUUUAAUCUUUUGAUUUUCUAAUAAUUUCAUUCUAUGGAAACUAAGCUUAUAAUAUUUAGAACGUUUGAUGUAAAAUUCCUUAUCAGUCCGUCCUAAUAAUAUAGUAAUCUAUUAUAUUAAACAUUAUUAACAUAAGAUAUUAUUUUUCGUUGUACGUAAUGUUUAUUAUUUAAAAUUAAAAUCUUAUUGUAAGUGUUCUAAAAACAAGAUUAUUUUCGGACCUUUUACAGAUAAAAACUAUACAGAUGAGACAAUAUAAAUGGAAUGUAAUAUUUGUAACAAAUAUUGUGGCGUAUUUCAAGUUUCAAAUAACCAAAACCUUUUUGGAACAAGAUUCCGUUUCCUGUCAUAAAAAGUUAAGUUAAAAAUAUAGAUAUUUUUGAAUCUUAAAAUAGAUUGCUUUUUUUAUUUUACUCACUACUUUUUUUAUAGAUAAUAAAUUAUUUAUAAAUAUAAUAAACUACUUAUAAGA